AUGAGCACAGGGCAUGCCGACAGCGAAGAGUCGGCCGAGGCCCGACCCAAUGGAGGACUUGAAGCUUGGCUCCAGGUCGCUGGGGCUUUUGUGUUGUACUUUAAUACAUGGGGGUUACUAACCUCCUUCGGGGCAUUCGAAGAAUAUUAUGCCUCUGAUUUGCUGUCCAGUCACACAUCCUUCGAGAUAUCCACCAUCGGCUCGCUACAGUCGUUCCUCAUGGUAUUUCUUGGCGUCGUGACCGGGCCUCUCUUCGACAUGGGUUACUUCAAACACCUCUCAGUCAUUGGUAGCCUUCUCAUUGUUGGUGGCACUAUGGCCCAGAGCACAUGCUCGAAUCUCUGGCAGCUUCUUCUCGCACAGGGUGCGUGUAUUGGCGCGGGGACGGGCUGUCUGGCGAUUCUGUCUGUUGGGGUGCCGAGCAUGUGGUUUGACACUCGCCUGCCACUGGCUAACGGACUCGCUGCCUGUGGAAGCGGAGUUGGUGGUGUUGUCUUUCCGAUUGUGUUUCGAAGACUCAAUACUGCUGUUGGAUUCGGAUGGGCGGUGAGGGUCAUUGGGUUCAUCGCCCUGGGAACACUCGGCUUCGCGAACACCACGAUGAGAAUACCAUCCACGUCGGCGCAGUCGGGGAAGAGGACGAAGCGACAACAUCGCGCCCUGUAUGAUCCGACAGCCCUCCGAGAAGCGCCCUACUGCCUUUUCGUGGUUGGAUGCUUUACUGUGUUUCUCGGCCUAUAUGUGCCAUAUUUUUAUGUGCCGAGUUAUGCUACCGCGAUUCUCACCAAGACCUCACAGCAAAGUCAUCUCAAUGGAGACGAUUUACUGUCGAUCUUGAACGGUGUGUCCACUGUCGGUCGAGUCCUCGCUGGCUAUUUAGCCAUUAACAUCGGCCCUCAAAACCUGAUUGUCAUCGUGGCCGGAUUGACAUCCGUCGUUACAUUUUGCUUUAUGGCUGUGGAAUCAAAUCUGGCCGGCAUGGUGGCUUUGGUCUGUUUUUACGGUUUUUUAACAGGGGCGUUCUUUGCUUUACAGCCCUCUGUUUACGUCUGCCUGUCUUCUCAUAGACCAGAUGUCAUUGGCACACGCUUUGGCAUGGCAUUCACAAUCAUGUCUUUUGGCAUGUUGUUUGGUUCUCCUAUUGCUGGGGCUCUUAUGCGCCAAGCUGGAUUUUGGGUGUCCUGGACUUGGGCCGGUGUGUGCAUAGCAGCAGGUGCUAUUCUUAUCGUUCUCGUCUGUGCAGUUCACGAGAUGGCCUGA